AUGUACGAUGAUGAGUAUCGUUGGUUUAUGAUAAAAAAUUUUGCUGUUUCUGCUGAAAAUGUGAAUGAAGUGAAUGAGGCAUUGAGUGAGAAUGAAGAAUCAGAAACAGACUCUGAUGCCACUGAAAUUGAUGAUGAGGAUUAUGAAGCAGUCAGUGAACCUCAGCCAACUGAAGCAGUGGUCAAUGAAAACUUGAGCAAUGCCUCCGGUGAACAACAGUCACACCGUCGUCAAAGAAAAGACAAAACGCACAAGUGUCAGCAAUGCCACAAAAGCUUUGAUCGUUUAUCUGAUUUCAAACGACACCAACUGUUGCACACUGGUGUCCGACCGCACAAAUGCACAGUGUGCUCCAAAUCAUACACACAACUUAAUCAUCUUCAAACACACCAAUUGGUGCACACUGGCGUUCGACCGCACAAAUGCACAGUGUGCUCCAAAUCAUACACACAACUUAAUCAUCUUCAAACACACCAAUUGGUGCACACUGGCGUUCGACCGCACAAAUGCACAGUGUGCUCCAAAUCAUACACACAACUUAAUCAUCUUCAAACACACCAAUUGGUGCACACUGGCGUUCGACCGCACAAAUGCACAGUGUGCUCCAAAUCAUACACACAACUUAGUCAUCUCAAAAUACACCAAUUGGUGCACACUGGCGUUCGACCGCACAAAUGCACAGUGUGCUCCAAAUCAUACACACAACUUAGUCAUCUCAAAAUACACCAAUUGGUGCACACUGGGGUCCGACCGCACAAAUGCACA